AUGUCCGCCUUUCCUGCUCACAGCGGUCAACAACAGGGUGGCCUCUUCCAGUGUGGAACCUGCUGCCAGUCGUAUUCCCGCCUUGACCACUUGGCUCGUCAUGUGCGAUCGCAUACGCAGGAGAAACCCUACCAUUGCGAAACAUGCAGCAAGAAGUUUAGCAGAGUCGAUUUGCUGAGACGACAUGCUCUACUACACACUACCCUAAACGACGAGUCACGGAACAAGCGUCGCCGCACUGGCGACAAUUCGUCAAUACCUCUCCGUGUCUCCAAAGCUUGCGAGGCAUGCGCUGAGCAUCACCUAAAAUGCGAGGAUAAAAAACCUUGCAAACGCUGUCUAAGGAAGAACGUCGCUUGCAUUUCAGCUCCUAGAUCAAUUGCGCAGGAGUCCCGCGAAGCGGCCACUGCCACGGGAGGAACACCGGCUCCGCAGCAUCGGAGUACUUCUCUAGUAUCGAACAACGAGGAACCAAGCUUGUCUCUUGAAAGUGAAGAGCAUGCUCUUGAUCAGUUGUUGGUGGCAAACACCAUGAACCACAUUCCACCACAUAUUCCAUCACCUUCAUCACUUGCACCACAUCAAUACGAGCAAGAACAUAACACUCUUGUCAGGCCGCAGUCACAACAGUCUGCUACCAUUGAUUUCCUUCCAUCUGGAACCUUUGCUACCGACUUCCUGAGCGGCACACUGACUCCUAGCGGAUUGAUAGGCUAUGGUGGUGAAAUCGAUCUUGACUUCAGCGCGAUCGAUCUUAACUUUUUGAACACAUACAAUACUCGAGUGCCUUUUGAGGCCCAAACACCAGUUGAUUUGUCUUUGAACCCACACAACAGAACAACUGCUUGGAAUCGUUCGAUAUCUGGUGAGGGGUCAGAUGCCAAGCUUACACAUGGAAAUAUCUCAAACUCUAUCUGGCGUUUUGUUCCAGUGCCUGGUGUCCAUGGCUACUCAGAACAAGGGGACCUCUCUAUACCCACACAAGACCACAUUGAGGGAACGCCGGAAAGCCUCGUAGAGGUGAGAAGACGAGCGACUACCGAGAAACUGGAUUCGGCAGCCCGAGAUAAAAUUCUCGCUAUAAUCUUUAGUCAAGUGAGAUCGCACAUCCUCCCUGCCUUGUCGGCUUUUCCUUCGGUUAUGUUGCUAGACAAGUUGAUCCAAUUCUUUCUUGCUGGCCCAACUCCUUCAGCACGGACUUGGAUUCACACAGCCAGUUUUGUGCCAGGAAAAGCUAGACCAGAGUUGCUGCUCGCCAUGGCAGCGGCUGGUGCAGUCCUAACCCCAGAUCGAUCACUGCGCAAACUUGGAUUUGCCAUACAGGAAGUUGUCCGCAACCACGCGCCUACAGUGUGGGAAGCUGAUAACACGCUCGUUCGAGACUUGGAGAUGUCCCAAGCUUACAUGCUACAACUCGCAAUUGGACUUUGGAGUGGCAGCAGCAGAAAGAUCGAGAUCUCAGAGAGUUUCCAGCAACCGCUGUUGUCGAUGCUGAGGCGGGGAAAUCGCUUCAGGCGGUCCAGUUAUUCAGUUCAGGUUUUUGGCCCAGAAGAUGUAGGGUUUGUACUGGAGCAGAAGUGGCGCACUUGGGUCCAGCAGGAGUCCUUCAAGAGACUAGUGUACCAUCUCCUGAGCCAUGACGCACAGGCAUCAAUGUCACUGCUCACAAACCCUGCUAUCUCCUACUCCGAACUUGACCUUCCGCUGCCGGAGCCGCAGGAGCUGUGGUUGGCGGGUUCUGCAGAGGAAUGGAAAGAAAAGUACCAAACGAACACCGACAUGUGUACGACAAUGAGUCCCUCUCUGACGGAAUGCCUUGCUAUCCCUGAUCUUAUGCAGGAAAGAAAAAUGGUGAUCGAUUUCCAACUCUCUUGUUCCGCCUUCCUGUACGCCAUGUGGGGUAUGGUCUGGGAGUACCGGAAACUGGCCCGAUUGUUUUUUGUCGAACCAAACAGAAAUUCCGUAUGGGACAGCCGCUUGACGAUGAUGACACGACAACAAGAGCUUCUCAAAGUAUUCGACUACUAUCGCGUCAUAUACCCAAACGAAAACAUGCUCCUGCUGGAGCUGAUCCUUAUGCAUUUACACACUUCUCUUGAAGAGCUCCAGCAUUUCUGCGGUCUGGGAGAAACUCUGGAAGACACAAGUCAUGUACAAGCCUCGAUGAAAGAAUGGGCGAGCAGCAAAGCGGCCAGAUCUGCUGUAUGGCACGCAGGUCAGGUCGUACGUGCUGCGAGGCAGCUUCCCCCCUCGCAUCUCCGAGACUUCUACGCCAUCUCGCUGUUCCACGUCAGCUUGACCUUCUGGGCGUUUGGUCUUGCGUCACGCAUGUUUUCUUACGACCAGGAAAGCGUAAGUAAGGCAAGGCACACCGCUAUAAAUCUCCAGCAAGUGGUUCAUGUUGACGAUGAAGAGACAUUGGGAACGUAUCGGUAUACUUCUCUGGGCGUGGGAACGCCCGUAAUGCAUAACCAUGGAUACGACGCGCCGCUGGUUCCACUGAGCGAUUUGACGGAUGUCAUGAGUGUCAUGAUUGAUAUAAUGGGACAGGGCGAUAGCGAUCCACUCAUGCCAAACUCACCGCUCGUCGAGAAUCUACUCAAUACAAUGAGACGAAUACGAGAUACAACGAUAGCAAAGGAUAGCACAUGA